CUUCAUUAACUUCAAAUCCCAAAGGAAUUUCUACAGAGAGUGAGAGAGAAAGUUGAAUUUCAAAGAGACGCAGACUAUAGAAAUGGGGAUGCGAGCGAACGUGCGCAGGGAGUUGGUGCUGCAAUUGUUGUUAACGCUUUGGAUUUGGGGAACUCUUCGAGUGAGUGAGGGAAUUUGGUUAAAUCUGCCGGCAUCGGGGACGAAGUGCGUUUCCGAGGAACUCCACACUAAUGUUGUCGUAUUAGCUGAUUAUGUUGUCGUUUCCGAGGACAACUCUCGCCUUCCCGCCAUCUCUAUCAAGGUGACGUCACCAUAUGGGAACAAUCUUCAUCAGAAGGAAAAUGUGACGCAUGGUCAAUUUGCAUUCACAACUCAAGAGGCUGGCAACUAUCUGGCUUGUUUCUGGGUGGGGGCCGAUAAUCAAGGAGGUGGAGAUGUAAGUGUCAACCUUGACUGGAAAACUGGAAUUGCAGCGAAGGAUUGGGAAUCAGUUGCAAGAAAAGAAAAGAUUGAGGGUGUUGAACUUGAGCUGAGAAAACUUGAGGGAGCAGUAGAGGCCAUCCAUGAGAAUCUACUCUAUCUCAAAAGCAGAGAAGCAGAGUUAAGGACUGUAAGCGAGACAACAAAUACUAGAGUAGCAUGGUUUAGUAUCAUGUCCUUGGGUCUCUGCAUCGUGGUCUCGGUUCUGCAGUUGUGGUAUCUGAAAAGUUUCUUCCGAAAGAAGAAGCUUAUCUAGAUAUUGCUAAUGAAUAGUAAAUUCCCCAGCUCUUUUAUUUUCCUUCAAUUCUUUUCUUUGUAUGUUGCAGAAGAAAAUUUUUGAUAAGAUGAAUAGAGAAUGUUAUUGUUCUCAUUGAAAGCGAGGCUCUUCAUCUUUAACGAUAUAGACUAAUGCAUCCUGUCAUUUUUGUUAA